AUGCAGUCCGGUAUCACAGUCUCCUCGGAGCUGCAAGAUGCUUUCGCCCGCUUCAACUCCGACACCUCCACCUUCUGCUUGCCCGUAACCAUCACAGCAGAGACCCUCACACCCUUGACCCCUAUCUCCUUCCAAGGCACUCCGUCCGCGGACUCCUUCUUCUCGGCCCUCCCCCAGCUGUCCUCUGUCCUGCAGCCUAAAACACCCAUCUACCUGCUUAUCCGACGCACCAAGUCCUCCUCGACCUCGCUCAUUGCUCUGACUUACAUCCCCUCCAAUGCCCCCGUGCGAGCGAAGACUCUCUUCGCCUCCACUCGCUCGACUUUGACCCGUGAACUCGGCACGGAGAAGUUCGCUUCCACCGUCUUUGCUACCGAGGAAGACGAGGUUCUGGGCCAAGACGCAUGGCGCGAGCGUGAUGGCGAGGGUCCUAACGCAAUCAGCCGCGAGGACAUGAUGGGUGAGAAGGAGCGGGAACUCGAGGCUGUGAGGAAGGCCGAGGCCGAGGCGCGCAGCGGUACACCUGGUCGAGACAUUGGAAUCGGUGGAACUUUUGGUCCUGGUUCCGGCUCCGGAAUGCGGGUUUCUAUGUCUGUUGAUGAGGCUGCUAAGACUGCUCUUAGGGAUCUACAGGAUGGUGGACUUGUUCAGUUGACAAUUGACAUUCCAACGGAGAAGAUCAUCUUGGCAGACUCCAAGACCAGUGUCGAACCGAGCGCCGUUGCUUCUCACAUCUCGUCCUCCUCCCCACGGUACACCUUCUACCACUACCCCGGAUCUGAUGUUGUUGUUUUCGUGUACACCUGUCCCAGCGGAUCGUCGAUCAAGGAGCGCAUGCUGCAUGCCAGCUCGCGGAGGAACGCCAUCACGGUGGCCGAACAGGAGGGCCACAAGAUCUUGAAGAAGAUCGAGGCCUCGGGCCCUGACGAGAUCACCGAUGAGCGUUUGCAAGAGGAAGUCAACCCGCCGCGAGACCAAGGGCCUGCGCGAGGAUUCGCCAGACCUCGUCGCCCCGGUCGGUAA